GUUUUUACGUAAUACUCGUACUUACGUAAUUAGGAAGCAGAGUUACGUUUUAGAAAGCAUCCUUUUAGGAAGGAUUUUUUUAGGAUGCGUCUUUUUUAAGGAAGAUUGAUAAUAAUAGCUCAAAUGAUUUCGACGCCUGAAUCAAUGGCUUCCCUGGCGAUUCAGAGAUCCCCGGUUGAUCUCGACACCUGAAUCAAACGGAGCAUCACCCACCGCUUCUUCUCCCCUCCAAUGUCUCUCCAAUCUCAAGGAUAGAUCACUGAUUGCAACGACCCCGUGUGCCGCCGGCAUAACUCCCGCUCCAUCCACCGCAGCAACUCCGGCGUUACUAUCCCCUUCACCUGCAUCACCUUUUGACUCGUUAGCAUCCGACCAAAUCUUCUCCGCAUUCCUAUCACCUGGUUUUGAUUCGGGCUGCUUCUCCCCUACCGCUCUCUCGUCCGGAUCCACCACAUCCCGCAUUGAGAAGCUCCAGGAAGGCUAGUAGGAACACAUAAUUUUGAGGCUUACGCCUCGGGAGGCUAUCACCGAACGCCUUGAGACCUACUCUGACAAUGGUGUUGGUGUCCCGCACUUCAAAUCACUGCAACGUCUCUACUACACCAACAACAGAUGAAGAUGAACAUACCAGUAAUUUGAAGAAGGAGCUGGCCAAAUUGUUUGGUGUUUCACUUUGCCAAACGUUACUGCCGCUACAUACUGCGUUCACUAUUGAGCCACAGAUUAAGUUGUCCAAGCCAAUGUUUGGUGAUUACAAGUGUGAAAUUGCCAACGUUAUCUUCGCUGAACUGAAAGGAGAAUGUCGCCAUUAUCAGAACCCUCUAGCUUUGGGAGAGGCCAUCAAGAGAAAUCUUCCCUUUUCUGAAAUCUUAGAGUCAUCCUCAGUCGCUGCAAAUGGGUUUGUGAAUGUUGUUUUGUCAAAGAAAUGGAUGGCUGAGAACAUUCAAAGGAUGCUUGCCAAUGGCAUUGAAACUUGGGCACCUAUGCUUUCAAUCAAAAGGGUGCUUGUAGAUUUUUCAUCUCCCAAUAUUGCAAAAGAAUUGCAUGUUGGCCAUUUAAGAUCCACCAUAAUUGGUGACACAAUAGCUCGUAUGCUAGAGUUUUCGAACGUUGAAGUUCUUCGUAGAAAUCAUGUUGGUGACUGGGGGACACAGUUUGGUAUGUUGAUUGAAUAUCUCUUUGAAAUGUAUCCAAAUAUUGAAGAUGUUAAAGAAAUUGCCAUUGGUGAUCUUCAGGCAUUCUAUAAGGCGUCACAACAGAGGUUUGUCGAUCCUGAGUUUAAGGAGAGAGCACAAAAGGCAGUGGUUCGACUCCAGGGGGGAGAACCAAAGUACCGCCAGGCAUGGACACAGAUUUGUAAUAUCAGCAGGAAGGAGUUUGAUAUGGUGUAUCAACGCCUUGGUGUUCAGCUAGAGGAAAAGGGAGAAAGCUUUUACAAUCCAUAUAUUCCCCGGAUUAUAGAAGAAUUUACCCAAAAAGGGUUAGUCAAAGAAAGUAAAGGAGCUCUUGUCAUUUCCAUUGAAGGCCAUGGCAAUUUUAUUGUUGUGAAGAGUGAUGGAGGUUACAAUUAUGCUUCUACUGAUCUAGCUGCUCUUUGGUAUCGCUUGAAUGAGGAGAAAGCUGAUUGGAUUAUUUAUGUCACAGAUUCUUCCCAAGAGUCACAUUUCACAAAAGUUUUUAAAGCUGCCAAAUAUGCAGGCUGGCUCCCAUCUGCCGAUAAUUUGUACCCCAAAGUUACUCAUGUUGGUUUUGGCGUAUAUAAAGGGGACAAUGGAAAGCGUAUGAAGACUCGUUCGACUGAUGUCACUCUAUUAGCUGAUGUUCUUGAUGAGGCCAAGAAGCGUUGUAAAAGUGCACUUAUUGAGCGUGGUAAAGCUGUCGAGUGGACUGAUGAUCAGCUAGAUAAAACGGCUGAAGCAGUUGGCUAUGCUGCUGUUAAGUAUGCUGACCUAAAAGAUAACAGAAAGACAGACCAUAUAUAUAACUUUGAUAAGAUGCUUAAUGAUAAGGGUGAUACUGCUGUUUACCUGCUGUAUGCGCAUGCUCGUAUAUGUUCAAUCAUCAUUAAAUCUGGUAGAGACGUAGAGGAAUUGAAGAAGAAGGACACUCUAGUUUUGGAUCAUACUGAUGAACGCGCCUUGGGGCUUCAUAUACUACGAUUUUCGGAGACUGUUGAAGAGGCAUGCAUGGACUUGUUCCCUAAUGUUCUAUGUCACUACGUCUAUAACUUAGCUAACUACUUCUCCAGAUUUUACUCGAAUUGUCAGGUGGUUGGGUCGGCACAGGAAGCAAGCAGACUAUUGCUUUGUGAAGCAACGGCUGUGGUGAUGAGGAAGUGUUUUUUCUUCCUUGGGAUUGUUCCUGUUGAUCAGCUAUGAUGUGUCGAUGACAUUGUUACCAAUAUAUCCUCUUUUUUACUUCAUUUUUGCAUUGAAAAUGUAUCCGACUUUGAUGGCAGGGCCGUUUGGUUAGUCUCCCACUUCAUUUUUUACAUUGAAACUUGGAGUGAUUUAAACUUUUCUUGUUUUAGGUAAGUUUAAGGUUUAAUAAAUGUUUGAUUAUUAUAGUUUGAUUACUACUUUCAUUAUGUCUUCCAACUGGUAGAUAAAAGUUCUCACUCUUGUGAAGAUGGGUUACGGAUACCUCUCGAUAAAAUUGUUUUGUUAUGCUUGUAGAUUAAAUUGUUUGAAGCUUUUCUAAAGAGAAAUUUACAUGUAUUUUGGUA